UGGUGUGUUCAGGAACAUCUGGACUUCCUGGUUGCACAGAUAGAAUGAGGAAAUGUUUGUUUUUUGAAGCUUUUCCUUUCAUGUUAAAUAUUAAUAAGCUGUAUUUUCUGCUCGUCUUUCUAUAAAUUUGAGGGAUGGUUUCUGUGAUCCUCCUCCGGUGGAUCAGCUUCCAGCAGGCCGUGUUGAUGUGCAGCGGCUGGUUGGACUGAAUGAUAAUGUGGGAGGAGGAUUUGAAUCCCAAAGAGACGCAGGCAGGAAGUUUGCAGUAAAUCCUCUUUUUUCCAGCAGCGUGUUGAAUUAGACAGAGUCUGUGGGCAGAUCGCCUCCGCUGCUCCAGAAACAUCAAACCUGAAGCCAUUUUCUAAAACACUGGGUUUCAGAGCUUUAAAUCCCCCAGCAGAUGUUUGUGUGUCGUUUCCUCUCAGGCUCACUGAACAGAAAGAGGCUGAAAUAUGUGGAGACACGUGAGGAAAAUCUAUAAAUGAAUCAUAAACAGAAACUUCCAAUCAGAAAACUCUGAAUUAUGUCAUUAUUUAUAGUUUGUCCACAAUAAAACAUUUCUGUGUUGAAGGAAAAAAAUCCAAUGCAGGCAUUAAUAAAUUUAUUGAUUUAUUGAACAGAAGAAAUUAUGUUUUCAUGUUUGCAUUUGGUCAGCCUGUUGGGGUUCCUGAACGCACCGCGGCAGCCUGUUGGGGUUCCUGAACGCACCGCGGCAGCCUGUUGGGGUUCCUGAACGCACCGCGGCAGCCUGAUGAAGUAGAGACUCAGAACCAGCUCCAGAACCUCUCACCAGUAUUCUUGCAAACAUUUUGGGUUCUUUUGGGUCAGCAGUGGUUCUGGUCUUGGAUCUCUCCCAUUGAGACUCUAUGACGGUGCAGAGAGGAAAGAAGCUCAGCAUCUCCAUCCAGGAACACAUGGCCAUAGACGUCUGUCCUGGUCCCAUCAGACCCAUCCGGCAGAUCUCCGCCUACUUCCCCCGCCUGUCCCCCACCUCCCCUAACCCCUCCUCCUCCCCAGUGGCCCUCAGCCCCCCCGCUGCGGCGGCGCCGGUGGGCGGGGCCAACCUGCUGUCGCCGCUGCGGGCCCAGUGGGGGCGGGGCGGGUCGUGGUCCCAGAACAGCAGCAUGGAAACGUCGGUGGACAUCAACAGCGAGGACAGCGACGACAGCACCGCUCUGGGAACGCUGGAGUUCGAGCUGCGCUACGACGUGAGCUGCAGCGAGCUGCACUGCACCGUGCUGCGGGCCAAGGGUCUGAAGCCCAUGGACUUCAACGGUUUAGCUGAUCCCUACGUCAAGCUGCACCUGCUGCCUGGAGCCAGCAAGGCCAACAAACUGAAAACGAAGACGAUCAGAAACACCCUGAAUCCCUUCUGGAAUGAGACGCUCACCUACUCUGGGAUCACAGAGGAGGAUAUGCACAGGAAGACGCUCAGGUUGACCGUCUGCGAUGAGGACAAGUUGACUCAUAACGAGUUGAUCGGAGAAUCCCGGGUUCCCCUGAAGCGGGUCAAACCGGACCAGUCCAAACAUUUCCACACCUGCCUGGAGCAUCCGCCGCCGCUGCCGUCCCCCACCGCCAUGGGAGAAGCUCUGAGAGGAAUAUCCUGCUACCUGAGAGAGUGGGAGAACGAGCAGCUGCACAGCCUGGAGGAGCGAGGCCGCCUGCUGCUCUCGCUGCAGUUCCUGCCCUCCGCCCGUCCUGAUGGCGCUGAUGGAGGUGAAGGGCGGCUCAGCGGCGCCCUCUGUGUCGGCGUGAGGCGCUGCGCCCACCUGGCGGCCAUGGACGUCAACGGAUUCUCUGACCCCUACGUCAAAAUAUACCUGAAGCCCGACAUCCAGAAGAAAUCCAAACACAAAACCGCCGUGAUGAAAAAGACGCUGAACCCGGAGUUCAACCAGGAGUUUUUCUACGACGUCUCGCUGUCGGAGUUGGCCAAGAAGUCUCUGGAGGUGACGGUGUGGGACCAUGACCUGGGACGGUCCAACGACUUCAUCGGUGGCGUCUUCCUGAGCUGCCACUCUCAGGGCGACGCCCUUCGCCACUGGAUGGACUGCCUGAAGAACAAAGGUCAGCGGGUGGAGCGCUGGCACAUCCUGACCAAUGAGCUGCCGCGGAGCUCCAGCCACGACUAACAGCGCUGCCGUGCGGUCGCCAUGACGCCGCCUUCGUCUCUGAUCAUCUAGAAACGUUUUGGUCGCUGAGACUCCAGCAUGUUUACAGGAUCCGGCCGAUCCGCUCCGUCUUGGACCGACGCUUCACUCUCUGCAUGAAGCCAUUAUUAGUAUUAUUGAUUAUUGAUUAUUGGUCGUAUGAUUUGUAAAGUCUUGCAGUUUGGAGCCUCAAAAGUCCCACAGAAGCGUUAGACACAGUCAGUGGAGGCCAGUGACCUUUGACCUUGUGCCCUGGUGAUGGAGCCUCCUUCAUCUGGUCCUUCAGGCUCCGCCCCUUCAUGGAGGAGAGGCUCCUCCCACCGUCUGAUGGUCCGGUACCGGUCCAGUUCCAGGAGCUUCCAGAUCCAGAGUCAUGAAAAACUUUAUGAAACGUUAGCAACUACAGAUUACUGAUAAUCCAGAUUACUGAUAAUCCAUAUUACUGAUAAUCCAGAUUAUUGAUAAUGCUGCUGGCUCUUCAGGGUUCUGUGGUUCUUGUUUGCUCCAGACGAUGUUUUCUUUGAGGAUGGUGUCAAAGGUCAGCUGUUCCCUGGAAUCCAGAAAGAGAGUUGAUCGCCUCCUGUUGGCCUCACUCAGAUUAACACAGACUAGGAUUAGGAGGAGUUUUCUCAUUUAAUCGGAUUUAAUCUUUGGCUCCUUUUGAUUUAUGAACAUGAUUUAAUCUGUUUCAACCUUAAUCUGAAAUUCCCCUGAUUUAAUCUAAACUCCAUAAUUUAAUCUGCAUUUCCUCUUGAUUAAUUUCCAGAUUAACCUUCAUUCAAUCUAGAAAUGAUUUUAAUUUAAUGAAUAUUUCCUGAUUUAAAUGAGUUUUUCUUUAUUUGAUUUGUUUUCUGAUUUAACAUGUUUCAAUCUGAGUGGUUUUAAUGUUUUAAUCUGGGUUCCAUUAUAUUAAUCUGGAUUAUAUCCUGUUUUAAUCUGAGUCUUCUGAUCUAAUCUCCUUCCUCAGACUGAAACGUUGCUCUCCUCUUGUUGAUGAUCAAGAUGAUGGUAUAAAUUAAUCCAAGUGGUUCUUCCUCGUCGCUGCAUGGAUUACGUUGAUGUCCUGUCUCUGUUUCUAUGGUAACGGAAACUUCCGGUUGUGUUUACAGUUUUCUGGUUCCUCUUUCCGCACGACUGAAUGUUGGACCGUGGUUAUGGAUUGGAUCGUGUUUUUUUCUGAAACAAUAAAUCCUGGCUGCAGCUCUGCCUCCGUACCGAGUGGCUUUGUUUCCACAGCGCCCCCUGCAGGCAGCUGGGUUGGUUUCAGCUCAGCAGAGCAACAUGGAGGCUGAAGCUCCGGAUGUUUCAUCACGAUGUGGAAACAUUUUGAUAAUUUAGUGGAGCACCAAAGGUUCAGAGAAUCUGUUAUUCCAUAAACAUUCAG